AUGCCGGAAAAAAAUUAUUCAUGCCCAAAAACAUGGUUAUUGAACCAAAGGAAAUGUUACUGGUUUUUAACUUCUCCUAAAACCUGGAACAAGAGUCAAUAUGAUUGUAUAAGUCUAUAUUCACAUUUGCUGGUGAUUCAAACUUGGAGCGAGCUGGAGUUUAUACAGGAGAAUGUGAAACCUGGACACCCUGCUUGGAUUGGAUUGCAUAUUAGUGCAGUCCAAGGAAAUCAAUGGAUAUGGAUAGAUGAACAUCCUUUUGUAGAACAAAAUAGUUUUCCAAUAAUUGGACCAACAAAUAACAUGAGUUGUGCUGUCAUAACAGGAAGACAGGUAUAUUCUGAAGACUGUAACUCCAGGUUCAUUGGCAUUUGUCAGAAAGAAGCUGCCUAA